AUGGCUGACAAAAAGAAGAUAUAUAGAUCUAUUGCCCGCUUCAUUGACAAGGAAAUAACUUCUAAUCUUUAUUCUUCGGAGGUUACGGAAAGCCUUGAAGUUGCAAAGCAAUGUAUCGAAACCGCUUUUCAUUUACCUGAAAAUGAAGCUGGUGAAGUCCCGGACUUGCAAGCAUUGUUUGAAUACCAGCCACAGAAAAAAACCAAUGCUGUUAAAACCGAACCUACAGAAGAAGCUAAGUCAAUGGCUGAAGCACUAAAAAAUCAAGUGCAUGAAAAAGAGAAGUUUGAGGAGGCUGUAGCUUGCUACAGUAAAGCCAUCGAGCUGUCACCGUAUAAUGCUGUCUUUUACUGCAACAGAGCUGCUGCUCAUUCUAGGUUAGAUCAUCACCAGGAUGCCAUUAGUGAUUGUCUAAAGGCAUUAGAAAUUGAUCCACACUACAGCAAAGCAUAUGGUCGAAUGGGAAUCGCAUAUUCAAGCAUCAAUAAUCAUGCCAAAGCUGUCGAAUGCUAUCGGAAGGGUCUAGAACUGGAUCCAAAUAACGAGAAUUGUCAACAGAACUUAUCCAUUGCAGAGGAAAAGUUGAAGAAUGCACCUAAUAGUUCUCAAGGCACAGGGUCAUUCAGUGGUUUUGAUCUAAAUUCUAUCUUGAAUAAUCCAAUGAUGCUAAAUAUGGCUCGUCAGUUUAUGAGUGAUCCGAAUGCUCAAAACAUGAUGAGGAAUUUACUGCGCAACACAUUUGGUGCACCCGAUGGUUCUAAUAGGGAUAAUUCAGCUGGUAAUGCUUGUUCUGACAAUUGUUCCAACGGAGCAACUGAGCCUAAUGCUCAGUCUGAUCAUAUCAGUGGUGAACAAAAUAUGGAUGAGUUUCUGCGCCUUGGUCAACAACUAGCUCAACAACUGCAAGCAUCUAAUCCGCAACUUGUAAACCAUCUACGUCAAACAUUUCAUUCCAAUGUCGCUGGACAGAAUGCCAAUCCCGAAAAUGAUAAUAAUGACAAUAACAAUGCAACUGCGAACUAA